AUGCGAACAGGGGAUGACUGGAUGGUAAGGGUGGUAUGUAGAACACAUAAUCAUGCUCCUGCAAUGUAUAUGGAGGGACAUCCAUACCCCGGUCGGCUCUCUAAAUUCGAAACCCAGUUCAUGGUACAUCUAUCUACGAAAAAUGUGAAGCCACGAGAUAUUUUGACAUCGUUGAAGAAGCAGAAUCCGGACAACGUGUCUACCAUUAAGACUGUAUAUAAUGCACGCCAGAAAUUUCAAACUGCAGAGAAAGCCGGUAAAACCCAGAUGCAAGUUGUCAUGUCAUUCCUACAAUGUGAAGGAUACAUUUUCGAGAGUCAAACAAAUGUUGUAACCAAUGAGCUUGAAUAUUUAUUCUUCGCACAUCCAGGAUCAUUAGAGGGAUGGCGUGCAUUCCCGCACAUGUUAUUGAUGGACGCAACAUAUAAAACAAACAGGUAUAGGAUGCCUCUCCUUGAGAUUGUCGGCAUGACUGCAACUAAUAUGACAUUUUGCAUAGCAUUCGUGUUCCUGCACUCAGAAAAAGUGUUCAAUUAUACUUGGGCUUUAAGGUGUCUGCAAUCAAGAAUGGAUGGAUGCACUGGUCCACGAAUUAUUGUCACCGACAGAGAGUUGACCUUGAUGAAUGCAUCUGCCUAG